AUGGAUCAACCUCCCCCCACUUCAUUAUCCAAAAGUUGGUCUUGUGCUGUCGAUUCCAACAACAUUUCUAAUAAAAAUAAUUUUCAUCAUCGUCCAUCUGCUUUGAGUGCUGUCAGUUCUCGACUUCCCUCCUUCGACGGCUUUCAACUUUCCCCAAUUGAAGAUUUUAAUUUUGACCCAAAUGAUAGGCAAUAUUUAUUUUGUUGUGGAAAGGGCCAUUCUACUGUUGGAGUGAAAGUGAUUGCUGGGUAUGUUUUUAAUUCGGAGUUCAUCCUCUACUUUAGGCACCUUUUGGAUUCUAAAAAUAUUUUAAAACUGGGGAAGGGGUCCAAUACUCGUUAA